UUCGAUCGAGCUCAGUGCCAAUCAAGUAGGAGUUCGAUAUGGUGAACCACUUCUUCAGCCGCCACCGCCAGCGCAACCCGCCGCCGCCCUCCUGCGACUUCGGCCCUCCGCCGGCCUCCUACGACUACGGCCGCCCCCAGCCGCCGCCCCGCACGGUGAAGAUCUACACCAAGGCCGAGCCCAGCUUCUCCCUCUCCAUCCGUAACGGCGACGUCAUCCUCGCCCCCGACGACCCCCUGGACGACUACCAGCACUGGUACAAAGACACGAGGUUCAGCAACGAGGUGACCGACGACGAAGGCUUCCCGAGCUUCGCCCUCGUCAACAAAGUCACCGGCCAAGCCAUCAAGCACUCCAUCGGAGCCAAAUACCCCGUGAGGCUGAUCGAGUACAAUCCGGAUUACCUGGACGAGUCGGUGCUGUGGUCGGAGAGCAACGACACCGGCAGCGGCUUCCGGUGCAUCCGCAUGGUGAACAACAGCCGCCUCAACUUCGACGCCUUCCACGGCGACAAGGAUCACGGCGGCGUCCGCGACGGCACCACCGUCGUCCUCUGGGAGUGGCUCAAGGGCGACAACCAGCGCUGGAAGAUCGUCCCACAGCGUGCAGGCUAAAGUAAUACGCGCGAUAAGAGAUCUGGCGAGCAUUUACGUUAAGAUUAAUAAAUAAACUGUGUCUUAAUUGUAAUAAGGCAUGCAGAUUAUAACUAUGUGGUGAAUAAAAGAGUGCUAAUAAAGAAUAAGAAGAUGUUAAUUAUCUGGAGAAGGACAGCUCCUGUAUUUACAGAUAUGGCUUUUACGAUGAAUAUAUGAAAAUUUUAAAUAUUA